CAACCCCAACAAUUGUUUGACAGCUGAACAACACCAACACAAGAAUGAUGAAGUUUUGAAAAACAAUUAUUUACAUGCUACAUAAACAGUAACUGUUUUUUGGCAUAAUGAAACACGGCACAGAAUAACAAACUUGUUAGUUUGUUAACAUUUUAUAGCUGAUAGUGAAAUUCACGGCAGAUAUCAAACGUUCAGGUUGUGUAACGUAUUGUAAAAUACUACAAAAUUGGGAAACCACGUUCAUAUAUGCUUCCAACUUACAAACGCCUUGAUGGACAGAAACGUGUGGCACAGGUUUCGUUUAAAAAAUUUAUAUCCAUAGUACUCAGUCUGCCGCUGGGAGGUUUUACUUUCUGCGUAUUGUGGUCUUUAAUAUUUGAGUUUGAACGCUCAACUCGAACACAUUGUGAUGUGAGUAAUUUAUUGCCGUCCUUAUCAGCUGCAAUUGGAACGUAUGAGCCACAGAAGACUAUUUGGCGUCUUGCCAUAUGCUUACACAUGCCGGCCCGUUUGAUUAUAGCUCAUUUGUAUUACAAAUAUUACAGAGACGUCCUAUACCCUAGUAGGCACACUUUGGCUAAAGUGGCUUAUGCGUUGAAUGUUAUUGAGAAUUUAGCAUUGGUCAGCUUAUCGUUGUGGACAUCAACCAACGACUACGAAAUUCACCGGAACGCAUUUGUAACAUUUAUUGCGUGCAGUGAAUUAUAUAUGCUUAUAACAUAUAUUCUUAAUAGAAAUGGAAGAAGGGACGCACUCCUACCUCAUGAGAAUAAGUCAAACAAAUGGAAAGGUUAUUUAUUUAUUAUAAACUUGACAACCUUUUUGUUGGCUGGGUAUUGUUUCAUACGCCAUAAUUCAUAUUGUGAGCCUGGAGUUUACACUUUCUUUGCAAUAUUUGAGUAUAUUGUGGUUUGGACUAAUAUGGGCUUUCAUAUGACUGCCGUUAUGGAUUUUUAUGCGUUGAAAGUGAUUUUCGAUUGGAAGCAUGGAAUAUAUUUAUCAAAUAAAAGCUAGCAGUUACUUUAACAAUACACAAAUAUAUUUAUUUUUUACAAAU